CUCGCCGAGCUCGCUGCUGCCUGGCUGAGGCGGGAGGGACGCGGGGCUGCGGCGGGGCGGAUGGGGCUGGCGCCGGCGGAGAGGCUCUGGGAAGAGAGAAGCGGCAGCACACGCCAUGCUUUGCUGGAAACGCACCGUCCCCUCGCCCUGCAGACCCUGAGACACCUGCCCCCUCCUAGGACUGCGGAGCCCUGAGCUGCCCCCUUUCUUUGCUGCAUGCCCAGUCACGAGUGCUGGAUUAUGUUCGUCGCAUUCUCCCUCUGCUCCAUAAUUUGGUUGAAUCGUGGCUUCAAGUUAAGGAAAAGGGGCUGUACUUCAGCGUGCGGGAGCUUGAGCGUGCGCGGGGCCAUCCUCACCAGGCUUCGCUCGUCCUGGCUCGUGCAAAGAUGGUAAACGCACAAAGAAUGGUGCAGGGCUAGAGCAGCGCCUGAGCCUGCGCCCGACGUCCCGAGCAGCUGGCCCGGCUUCAGCCACCCUGUGCAGCAGAGAAGAUGGGCAGCACCGAGGGCUUUCAGUACCGUGCGCUCUACCAGUACUGCAAAGAGCGCAACGAGGACAUCGACCUGCUCCCCGGGGACAUCCUGGUGGUGAGCAAAGGGGCCUUGCAGGCCCUGGGCUUCAAGGAUGGAGACGAGCAGACGCCCAACCAGAUCGGGUGGAUCCCGGGCGUCAAUGAGCGCACCAAGCAGAAAGGGGAUUUCCCUGGCACCUAUGUGGAGUACAUCGGGCCCGUGAAGAUCUCCCUCCCUUCCCACAGACCCAGGGUGCAGAGACCCCUGCCAGCGACUCCUGGGGCCAGCACCUCCCGCAUGCAGGAGGCGCUGGAGCAAGGUUGGCUCCUCCCGGACCUGGCGGAGCAGUUCAUCCCCCCUGAAGUCGCGCCCCCGCUUCUGCUCAGGCUGGUGGAAGCCAUUGAGAAGAAAGGCUUAGACAGUGAGAUGUUAUACAGGACGUCUGGCUCGGAGUUGAGACAAGCACUGAAGACCGAUUGGGUGCUGGGCGACGUGGAGCCGCUCGACGUGCAUUCCCUGGGCGAGGCGCUGCGGGGCUUCCUGCAGGACCUGCCUGCUCCCGUGGUCCCGGCGUUGGUGCAUGGCGAGAUCCUGCGCAUCCUGCAGGAGAUCCCGCAGCCAGAGAGCUGCAGGAGGCAGCUGCUGCUGGCGCUGGAGUCUCCUGCGGUCCCUCUCCAGAACCUGCUCACCUUGCAGUUCCUGCUCCACCACCUGGAAAAGGUGUCCCAGCAGGCCGAGAGCAACGGACUCCACCCUCGGGCCCUGGGCGAGAUCUUCGGCCCUCUGCUGCUCCGGCUACCUGGCACCAGUGCAGAGCUGAGCCCCGAUUUCUCAGGGCUCUUCCUGGAGACGCUUCUGCAGGCGAAGGACUCGGAGCCGGAACAAGUGCCGCCAGCUCUGCCUCCGAAGCCCUCAAAGCCGAAGCCCGGUGGAGCCAGCCUGGCCAAUGGGAGCAGCGCGCCCCUGCAGGAGGCGGAGUGGUACUGGGGCGACAUUUCCAGGGAGGAGGUAAACGAGAAGCUGCGCGACACGCCGGACGGCACCUUCCUGGUCCGCGACGCCUCCAGUAAGAUCCAGGGGGAGUACACGCUCACGCUGAGGAAAGGGGGCAACAACAAGCUGAUCAAGAUCUUCCACCGGGAGGGGAAGUACGGCUUCUCGGAGCCCCUGACCUUCGGCUCCGUGGUGGAGCUCAUCAACCAUUACCGGCAUGAGUCGCUGGCCCAGUACAACGCCAAGCUGGACAGCAAGCUGCUCUACCCCAUCUCCAAGUACCAGCAGGACCAGCUGGUGAAGGAGGACAGCGUGGAGGCUGUGGGGGAGCAGCUGAAGGUCUAUCACCAGCAAUACCAGGACAAGAGCCGGGAGUACGACUUGCUGUACGAGGAGUAUACGCGCACCUCGCAGGAGCUGCAGAUGAAAAGGACGGCGAUCGAGGCCUUCAACGAAACCAUCAAGAUCUUUGAGGAGCAGUGCCAGACGCAGGAGAGGUGCAGCAAGGAGUACAUCGAGCGCUUCCGGCGGGAGGGCAAUGAGAAGGAGGUGCAGCGGAUCCUGAUGAACUCCGAGAAGCUGAAGUCGCGCGUCACUGAGAUCCACGACAGCAAGAUGAAGCUGGAGCAGGACCUGAAGAAACAGGCCUCGGAGAACCGGGAGAUCGACAAGCGCAUGAACAGCCUCAAGCCGGACCUCAUGCAGCUGCGCAAGCUCCGGGACCAGUACCUGGUGUGGCUGACGCAGAAAGGGGCCCGGCAGAAGAAAAUCAACGAAUGGCUGGGCAUCAAGAACGAGACCGAGGACCAGUACUCCAUGAUGGACGACGAGGAGGAGCUGCCGCACCAUGAGGAGCGCACCUGGUACGUGGGGAAAAUCAACCGUGUGCAGGCGGAGGAGAUGCUGUGUGGCAAGCGCGACGGCACGUUCCUGAUCCGCGAGAGCAGUCAGAAGGGCUGCUACGCCUGCUCUGUGGUGGUGGACGGCGACACCAAGCACUGUGUGAUCUACAAGACGGUGACCGGUUACGGCUUUGCCGAGCCCUACAACCUGUACGCAUCCCUGAAGGACCUGGUUCUGCAUUACAAACACAUGUCCCUGGUGCAGCACAACGACUCCCUGAAUGUCACGCUGGCUUACCCGGUCCUCUCCCAGCCACCUGCCAGAUGAGCCACUGACGCAGAGCACAAUGGCUGCUUCCACCUCCUCCCCAGGCUCUGGCUCUGUCCCUUUUCUGCCCCCCAGAGCCUGGGGGAUGUCGUGACCUGUCCCUGGUGUCCCGCUCGCUCAGCAGUAGAAACCCAGCUGGACGCUGGCCGAUGGGGAGGCAAUGCUGGGCCGUCGGCUUGGGGUGUAAAAGCUGUUUGUGACUUCAGCCUUUCCGAGAAGGAGUCCAGUCGCAGGCUAAUUGCUAUGGGGGGGCUUCAUCUCUCCCUUCGCAGUUCCCCGGGGGUGUUUUUGCUCCCCUUCCCCCCGCUGUGUAUCUCUGUACAGCUCGGUUCCUAGUUCCUGUGUGUGCCGUGGGGUCGCCAGCCCAGCGGCCACGUCUCACGUUAUAACUGAGGUGCUACCCCUGCUCCGGUGGGACCAGCCCUGCUGGGAAGGGGCGGGCAGCGCUCUCUCCUGAACCACAAGUGGUCGUUGCUAAAACCGUUCUCUCCUUUCCCUUCCCUUCAGUAAUCCUGGAGUGAGCGCCGGCCUUUGGUCUGAGGGGUGCCAGCCUCUCCCAGAGAGAGAGCUAGAAAGGGGGGAACUUGAUCAUUGAAGGGGUUGGUGAGGGCACGGCACACUGGCUCCUUGGCAGAGAUGCCAGAUGUUCCAUGUAACCCCUGGGUGUGGCUUGCAGGGGAGGCUCCGUUAGAUUAGUUCGUUACUAACCCACCUGCCUCGUCUUGGUUGUGCCAGCUAAGCUGUGAAAUCCAUGUUGGUACCAGUGCUUCCCUGGGCUGCGUCUGGGGGAUGCACAGCUGUGCUUGUCCAUUGCUUCUGGGGAGUCUCCUCCGUGUCACUGGUCAGAGCUCACUGUAGCCAUGUAAAUACGGUUAUUUUAUAAUCAGCUGCUUGCUAGUGCCCGUUCGUAUGCAGAACCCUUGUUACAACAUGCACCCCUCGGGCAGCGACAGACCAAGCGCAUCCCUGGGCCAGGGAGAACGGGGAGCCAGAGGUGGCUGGAAUGUCAGACACGCUGCGAGCCCUAUGCAGACGGAGGCCCUCUCUGCAAGGGAAGGGUGGGACUAGGCCACGCCCCUCCAGCCCUGGGGCCUCGGCAUGGAGCAACGUAUAUGCGUGAGGUAGAACGAUGUAUGCGGAGCCAACUGUUUCUGAAGCACUUCUACUCCUGAGUACUGUACGGAGCCGGUACAGAGCUGAGCCCUGGGGAAGGAGCUGGGGAUUUCUGUAAUAUUUCCAGUCGUGUCUGUUUUAGUACAAGGGAGCAGGAGAAUUGCUGUGUGUUUCCUGAUGGUGCCUGAGCCAGGCAGCAGUGCAGGGCAUGGGUCUGACCAUGUGGGGCAGGGGAGGGGGCCAGUGUUACCUACCGGGUGAGAUGGGGGGGUUCUCUUCGACAGAGCAAAAUGGUUUGGGAAGCUUUCUGGGCGGGAUGUGGUACCUCUCCCUCCGUGUCGGGCAUCAGUGGGCACCAGCACCUGGCAGCGCCUGCCCCUCUGCCCCAGCAUGGCUGGCAGCGCCAGGGGGGUGGAGGGGUGAUGCUCAGGAUCCCACAGCUCUCUCCACUCAGCACUGUGCCUGCCCAGCUCUGGGGAGGUGCCACUCGCCCCCUUGAUCCGUCCCCAAAGGCCCCAUGUUCCGUCCCAGCAGGAGGUGGACGCUUGGUCUGUCUCGGUAGCAGCAGGGUGGGAGAUCUCAGCUGACAGUGUCGGGAGCACGGGUGUGAUCUGCUGGGGCGGGGUGUGCAUACCGUGUGUGGGCGACACUGGGGCGUGGCACAGGCUUGGAUGCUCUUCGUUGUCACGACCACGUGACUCCCCCCGCCCUUCCCAUGCCUGCACCAUCGGCUCUGCUGUUCAUGCCCUGCUGCUCUGGCCUGGUUUCCUCUCUCGGUAAACGCUGGGGCUGUCUCCAGUGUGGGUGGAGCCAAGUGCGGCAGCCUCGGGCGCUCGUGGCGCUGGGAAUUGCGGGAGCUGACGUGGCCUUACGUGUGGCGGUGUGAGCAUGGGUCUCUGUUCUCACCUGGGUGCACGUGCUCUAUGGCAUUGGUGCCUGCACUGGCUGGAAUGGACUCGGGGCUCAGCGAGCGAGUGCUGGCAUCUCCUCGCCAGGCAGAGUUCGGCUGUCUGAGCACCCUGGACUCUGCGCCGGUGGACUCACGGCUGGGCCCAGCCACGUGCUGCCAAAGUGAGCCGUGUGUGUGGGGCAAGAAGGGGAUUAGCUUCAGGCUAAGGCUCCUUCGACACCCACCCACCCCCCGGCACGGGGAUGCUGAGGUUUGGAUUUGGGCAAUGAAGGGCAGAGCCAGUGAGUUUAGCCCAACGUGGCAGCUGUCAGUAGGUGGGAGGCGCAGGGAGGUUUUCUCCCUCGGGAGAGGCCUGGGAGAUGGUGACUCAGUUGGUCAGGAAGUUCACCCCCAGCGUUUGGCUGGCUGGAGUCCAUGUCCCUGCGCCGGGAGACUGCAAAGCACACGAGACCCCCUGAGAAGCUGGGCAACUCUACCUGCUCCCCCAAAAGCUGACUUGCUCUUUGAGAAAUGAAGCCAUAAAAAUUGACCCCUCUAUUGUACAUAUUAAUAUUAAUACUUAGCCACUUACUUCCUCGCUGCUUGUGCCCUGCCUUCCCCACACCGCAAUGUGGCGACUUGGCUCAGUGCCUGUCUGUGCACUGUCUGAAGCCUGUGCCGCCAGAUGGUGGGAUUUUUGGGGUAGGGUACAGUACCUGGGCUGUGGGUAGAGGCACACGGGCUGGCAGGUGUUACAUACACUACAUCCAUUUCACAGCUGGGGAUGGUGCGUUCCGGCUCCUUGCUCCUCAGCGGUGCUGUGCAGGUCUCGUCCCGUGUUUGGAAGCACCUUGUUAACUCCACCAGCAUUGGGUGUUGGGAUCCUGCUGCGAUUCGGAAAACCUCUCCCCUCUGCUUCUAGCCUCACCCUCGUCUCGCUGGUGGGCUUACCCACCUCUCCCUGCAUGGACGAUUCUAGCUCCUUGGGAGAGUCUCGCCCUCUUCCCACUUUGCCUGGUCUCUCGUUGCCUGACCCAAGUCUGCUUCUCCUCAGGGGAAUUUGAAAUUCCCCCUUUGCUCCCUGGGAGCUGAGAUGGCUCCAUGUGAAUGCUCUGAGUGGUGGUUACACAUGGCUUUACUUCUGUGCGUCUGAUAGCACUGCCCUUUCUGAGUUGUUAGAACACUACUGAGGAUGGAAACGUGGUCUGUGGCUGCAUCCUGUACCUGUUGCAGAGGGAAGGCUCUGCUCUCCUCCAAUCCAGUAUGCAAUGAAGAGAAAAACCCACCGACCCACCCCCCCUUCCCUCCCCUGGUUACUUUCUCUGAUGGUGACUGACUUGGCUCUUAGAAACUUGGCUUUUUCUCCUCCUCCGGUGGAAGAACAGGCCCCUUGAAUCUUUUUUUUUUUUUUUUUAAACUGACGCGGCUCCUUUGGAAUAAGCCGGUUGUGAUUUGGUCUUUGCUUUAGCUGUUGCUGUUUACGUCUGGAUUAAUCCGUGAGAACACUAUUUUUGGAUUCCCUUGGUUGUGCUCUUCUGCCUUCAACGUCGGUCAAGGUGUGAACCAGAACCUCUUGUGCUACUAGGCCCAUCUUCUGCGUGUCCUCGUCCCACCUGGCAAAUGUCAAAUGUCAAGCUGCAAGCCAGGGAGUCGGCUAGUUCUGCUUUUAGUUCUCCAGGCUGCCCAACAUGAAAUAGCCCCCAGCCAGCCUUCCCCUUUGGUCUUGGCUGCCAUGUGGGGGUGGAAGAAAUUGACCAUAUCUCCUUGAAAUGGGGCUUUGAUUUGAGACCAAGUGCCGGGUUCCUGGCCAGGCCCUUUGCUGGUUCCCUUGUUUCUCUCCACUCCUCCAUCCAUUGGGCCUCUGCUAUGGGCCUGGUGACUGCGCUGCCAGCGUUACUGGUUAGGGAGGAAAGUGUACAUCUUCCCCUGGCAUCAGGGCAGAGGAGAUUUGGGCGUGGGGAGCGGGCAGUGUCACAAGGGGAGGGGGGAAGCUGAGCCACUCCUGCUGCUUCCUGGCUCCAUCCAUUAUAUUUUGUGCAGCACUCGGAAGCUCGGGGGCAGGAGCACACAGGCCAAAUUCCCAGAGUCACAGCCUGGGUGGGAGGGACAGCAAAGGAAGCCCUGGUCUAGAACCCCCUUGGCCCCAGGACCAUGGGGCUUUGUGCAGGAUGCUGAAAUUCUGCUGGUUCUGCGGGAAGCUCUGGGCUGCGUUAGUCAAGAGAUGGAUUGUUUUAAGCCUGCAGGCUAAUUUCAUUGAAGGAAAGAGCGUGUUUGGGUUGUGAGCACACCAGAGCCUAAUUCCUUGCACGGGUCCCUGCCUGCUGAGGGGGGCUGGCUGACACGCCGGGAUUUGCACUCUGUCUGAGAGGAAGUUGGCUGGUGAGCACUCCUGAGGUUUUAGCUCUUACGAGAUAUGCAAUAAUAAAUACUCUAAUCGCCAUUUCUUCUGUCUGCUAGCAGAAGCCGUUCUCUGUGCACGUUUACUAACGUAUGCCCAGGAUUUGUUACUGUCAGAUCAUUUUUGUACGGUACUUUAAACAAAGGAAGAAAUAAACUGAAAGAACGAA